AUGGCUGCACACACCCCCGUGUCUGUAACCGUAUACACGCAGCCCCCUGAAGACCUCAUCACCCUCUUGCGGACGCACCACCGCCCCUACGCGCUACCGCUUCUCCGGCGCCUGAGUUUCACACGGUUCCCGGGCGGCAUCACGGAGCACGCGCGCAUCCUAUUCGCCUCCGCGUCGGGCCUUUCGCCGCGGGACCACUACCAACACCACCACCACCACAGCGCGCCCUUCGCCGCCGCGUACCUGGACCUAUCGCGGGGGCCCGAGACCGAGAUAUGGCUGUACUCGAGCGUCGAGGCCCUAGGUGCUGGCACCACCACCCACCCUAGCCCAAGCCACCAAGACCAAGACCAAGAAGAAAAGGUUGCGGCGGCGGCCGAGUGCGCAUACCAACUGCUGCGCGAGGUCAAAGCGCUGCGCGAGGCCUUCUACACGCCGGGGACGGCGCACGCGGCGGCGCAGCGGCAAGAGGGGCUGGGCCUGCGGCCGGCGCGGAUCCUGGCGGGGACGCUGAGCGAGGCGACGAGGGUGGCGCUGGCGAACCGCGGGGUCGCGUUCGGCUACGUGGCCGUGUUCGACAAGUGGAUGUUCCGGCUGGGCGCGCUGCCGGAUGUGCCGAGCCCGCUCGAGGAAGGGGAGGAGGAGGGGAUGGGGAUGGAGUGGAGGCCCGUUCGCAGGGAGGAUAUCCCGCUUAUGUUGUCGCGGACGAGCAUUCCGCGGAAGGAACGAACUAUCGUAUUGCUGCCUAGCAUGGCCGUGUACAAGAGCGACGGCACGCCUAUCGCGUGGGUCUUGCUGGGGCCCGACUCUUCGCUGAGCAACUUGCACUGCGAGGAGGAGUGGCGCGGCAGGGGCUUUGCAAAGGCGGCUGCUGUUAAGAUCCUGCGCGAGCGCUUGAAGGAGUACGAUGACGAUGAGCAUUGCUGGGCCGAUGUUGCUCCAGAUAACCCGAAGAGCCAAAGGGUUUGUAAGAGUUUGGGUGGAAAGAUUGCGUGGUCAGUCUCAUGGAGUGGAAUAGAUUUAGACGCGAGCUUCCCAGAUCGAUAG